CGCCGUGUAUCCUUGGUGGACAUCAAACCUAAAAAAAAAACCUUCAAAAUUGGUCUUAUGGUCACAUUGGAGUGGCUUUUAAACUGCAUUCUGAAUCCUAGGUGGAUGUCAAGCCUCAAAAAAGCUUUAAAAGUGGUCCUACAGCCACAUUGGAGGAACUUUGGAAGUGAGUUGUGUAUCUUUAGUGGAUGACAAACCUCAAAAAUCCUUCGAAAUUGGUCUUAUGGUCACAUUGGAGUGGCUUUUAAACUGCAUUCUGUAUCCUUGGAGGACAUCAAGCCUAAAAAAAUAAAAAACUAGUCUUAUAAUCACCUCGGAAGAGCUUUUAAACUGAACUAUGUAUCCUUGUUGAAAGGCAAGCCUAAAAAACUUAAAAAGUGGUCCUCUAAUCACAUUGGUGUGGCUUUUAAACUGAGCCGUUUCUCCUUGGUGGAAGUAAAGCCUUUAGUCGGGGGAAGACCGGAGAUUUUCCAGCCUGCUGCUUGGGUUAAUUACUACUUGUGGGUUGGGAUUUCCAGGACUCACAGUGAACAUUUUUUCUAUGUAGUAAGGCACAAAAGAUUCCACAGACACCUGUGGAAGUGGACUAGUCAUUUUUUGGGGAAGAUUGUCAGAUUUUCUGGGUUUAAACCCCAAUUAAUGAAUGAUCCGGAAAGCAUUCAACGUGUGAUGAUGACUUCUGAGCUCUCACACUUUUAAGUGACCUAAAACUCAUCUGCUGACUUUGAAGAGGGUAUGAUGAGGGACAGGCGUUCUGGGUCUUUUAGGAGGGACAAGACAGAGAAGCCGGCGCCGAUCUCUCGGGCUCUCAGCUGGCUGAGCGUGUCCUCUCUGUCCCAGCAAACACGCAAACUGUUCCGCAGCCAGAACAGCCUUCAUAGCCACUCACACACUACACAUGGAGGAGAGGAUGAAGAUGACAACUGGGUUUAUGAGCCCCAGCACUACAUAGCUGUGUCUAAUCUGGAUGAGGAGAAAAAGUGGACCGUGCACUACACUGCCCCAUGGCACCAGCAGGAGAAUGUCUUUCUGCCAGGCUCCAGACCGGCCUGUGUGGAAGAUCUUCACCGUCAGGCCAAAGUGAACCUGAAAACAGCUCUCAGAGAAUGUGAUAAACUGAGGAAAGAUGGUUUCCGCAGCUCGCAGUACUACUCACAGGGCCCCACUUUCUCUGGCUCCUCAAACUCCCAACACGAGGACGAGGACCUCGAAGGCGAUGACGCUGACAAAAAGUCCACAGCUUCUUCAGGAGAGGAAGAGAAAGACUCCUGCCAAAUGAGAGCGCAGAGUCCAGCACAGGUGGAAGGAGUCGAGGUUGAUGGACAAAUGUCGUGCUCCAAAGCCUCAGUCCUGCCCACUCCAGAGGAGAAGAUGAGGCAACAGGCACAGGCCGUUCUCACAGAUAUUGUCCCCAUCAAUGUCACAGGAGAGACGUUUGACAGGCAGGCCAGUAUCCGCCGCUCCCUAAUAAACACUGACACUCUGGUCCGCCGACCCAAGAAGGUUAAACGGAGAAAGACUAUUUCAGGGGUGCCUGACAGCGUCCAACAGGAACUAGCGGCUAAAGGGCGUGGAGGAGAGCUUCGACCACAGUCCAUGUUUAUCCCUGGACAGUAUUCAACACUUGGGCGAGUCAUGAAUGGGAAUUCAACUCUGCGUCAAUCUGUAACAAAAGAUUCUGGCUGCCAGACUGAGGAGGUGAAAAUCGUCCCACCCUCAGUGAGGAGAAUACGGGCUCAGAAGGGUCAAGGAAUUGCUGCUCAGAUGGCUGGCAUCUCCACCUCAGCCACAAACAUCUCUUCUGUUUCUGAUGGGAGCUCCCCUGGAGGUUCAAUUGUUGCAAUGGCACCACAGUUCGGCAAUGAUAUCCAGCGCUUUCACAGUUUGCCACGGGGUGCACGGGUUUCUCUAAAUGCAGAGCCCAUUUACAGUAGCACCCCUUUCAGAAAGGAAGACUCCUGUGCAAAAUCACCUAAGCAGAUUGGAAAAUUACAAGCAGACAAUACUGCAGUGCACAUGAGAAAUGCCCCCAGGGUAUGUACUCAAGCACGCCCAAAAUCUCAGGAGGUGCGAGGAACUCAAAGGGAGUGGGGUUCUGUCUCAGGUCCAGCCUGUGUAGUUUCUCCACAUGCAGCCUACUCAACCUCCCUUAUACCUAAUGCUACACUGUCAUGUUCUGCUGAGGUUUUUGCUCUUCACAGCACAUCAAGUCCUGGCCAGAGCCCACUUUCUGGGUCACCAUAUACAAAAGCUAGACCUCUUAGCAUGGUCUCAGUUGUCAACAGUGGGAGCACAAGUAGUGUGGGCACAGGAUCUCACACUCCAGAUGCAGGCAUGAAGGAUACUUGCAGUGAGACGGGCCAAUCUGAUAGCAGUUUGCACAGCCACAGUACCAUUGCCGCAGGAACAUUGUCUUCAGAUGAGCAGUGGAUUUACGAUACUCCUGAUAAUGCUUUGCCCAGAAGGACAAUGACUUCCAGCUGUUCAACACCCAUAAAUCAUCUAUAUAGUAGUCUUGAACGCUCCUCAAAAGGCACAGACUCUAGUUCUCUGUAUUCUAUGGACAAUGAUGGCUACUACACCUCCAUGCAUCUGGAUUCAGGCCUUAGGUCAAGAAGCCAUGGUAGCGGCCAUGGUCAUGGCAUAGGAGGAAGAGCAGUAAGACACAGUAUGUACGAGUGCCUCGGUCAGCAAGAGGAUCGAAAUAGCUUGUGCAGUGACCACUCUCUAUCUCGUUCCAUUUCUCUACGCAAGCCCAAGAAACCACCUCUUCCACCUGCGCGCACAGACUCUCUACGGAGAAAGCCUGGGAAAAACAGCUCUUCCUCUGCCAAUAUUGGGCGGUCAAAUAUUAGCAAUGGUUCUCUUCUCAAUGAAUCAUUGAUUGCCACUCUCCAACAGUCACUUCAGAAUGGGCUUAAAGGCAAAGGAUCCUCCACGUCACCAUCUCAUAGCCCUUGUAGUGACUAUGAGGACCCCUGGAUGCUUCGUCCAAGGAGCCAGAGCAGCAUCAGUGCAAGUAGUAGUGGUGUAUCAGCUACAGGAAUGGCUCAUGUAUACUCCAUCUGUCCCGUCACACCAUCUCAUAGUGACACAAGUAGCCUCCGUUCUGAUUAUGCUGACUCCUGGGGCUACUACAUGGAUUACCCUCGUCCAUCUGGAGAUCAGACACGGUCACCAUGUACCAAUUCACACUCUGCUGGACAAGUGUCUGAGAUGGCAAAUAGAAGAAGCCCUCUCAAUGGUAACCAGGCUAAUCUUCCUGCUGUUCAGGAAGGAAGUGACAUGUCUGCUAAGCCCAGGACAAGCACCUCUUCACCGGACAGGGUACAUCGGUUGACUUCUCCAUCAAGUGGAUACUCAAGUCAGUCAAACACUCCAACUGCUGGUACUCCCGUUCCCUCCUUCAUGAGAUGCAUGUCCCCAUCAGGCAAACCCAAACCAAGAGUGCCUGAAAGAAAGUCAUCCUUGCUUUCAUCUGUAUCUAUAUCCUCCUCUUCCACCUCUCUUUCAUCCAACACCUCUGAUUCUAACAGGAGCAAUAUUCCCCCUCCUCCUCCUCUUCCAGCUGCCCCUGUGGUACUUGUACCUUUUAAUCCUCCAUCCUUUCCUCCUCCCCUUCCCCCCUCAAGCCCUGUGUGCACUGAAGAUCAGAAAUUUCCACCUCCGCCACCUGCUUUACCCACAACUCCCCAUCAACAAGCUUCCACGAGCCCUCUUCAAAACAAUUCUUCCCCUGAAUUUCCACCACCUCCACCUCCAGAAGUGUUGGCGGACCCUGUCUGUUCAGGCUUCAAUAGUUCCUUCAGCCCUCCACCACCUCCCCCUCCACCACCACUGCCUACUUAUUCUCCUUCCCAAAAUCAACAUUUACCCCAGAUGACCCCACAAACACCUUCUUCUGCCUCCUUGAAAGAAAUUAAGGGCUAUCUUAAACCAGUGAACUCAGAAGGAAGACCAGUGUUGCCUCAUUCUGAGGAGCCUAAUACGGUUGGCAUGCCUUUGAUUACCCCAUUUGCACUGCAGAGUGUGCAGCUUCGGCCAGCAAAACGUCCAGAAAACAAUGAAGUUAGCAGGACAGACAGACCCCAAACACCAGCAAAGACUCAAAAAACAAUGUACCCCACAGUUCCUCAGGUUUCUUGCAUAUCUUCAAAUGUAAGCCUUUCAUCUACAGAGAAAAAUCCCUCAAUCCAGCAUAGCCAGGAUGGCGUUGUUGAAGCACAAACUGACUAUAAUGUAAAAUUCAACUCUGAUCCAACAUCCUGCCUUACAAAUGGACCCAUAGAUCUUGGUGAGGCCACAGAUGAAGUAGAUGGUUUAAAGACUUCCCUCUCAACACAAGUGGAAAAGCCACUAAACUCUACACCCAAGAAAAAGCCUCCAAUGAUUUCCAAAAAGCCCAAGUUUUCUCUUACUUUUUCCUCUGUGGAUCACGUCGUGGAUUUUGUGAGUGCGGAAGGUCUGGACCCCAUACCUGUGCAGGAAAAGGAGGAAGAGACAACUGAGAAAAGUAGCUUUGGCAUUUCCGUACCUCCUGUGGAGAUAAGAGACAUUUCUCCCACAAAUGGUGAAUCCCAGGAGUUCACACAGUCCUCUAGUACCACUAUUCUUGAUGUAGACAAGAGCACAUCUGAAGCAGAGGAUGAAGAAGAAAGAGAUGACGAAGAUGUAACCAGCAGCACAGGAUCGUUCAGUUCUAAAGAUGAUGAAAAUGGUGAUGUGUUUGAGUCCAGCACGUUGGACGUGGCUCAAUCACCCAGCAUCAACGGUGACAGCUGUGGGGACAUGGUGACCCCCACACGGCCCCGCACCACAGAGGACCUGUUUGCAGCCAUUCACAGGUCGAAGCGGAAAGUCCUGGGGCGCAAGGAAUCAGACGAGGAUCGUUCCCGGGGUCCUUUAUCUCCACCGGUCACCCCGACAGGAACGAGCCCUAACUUGAACUCCCCUCUGCCCCGGCAAACAGGCUCCAUCCAGCGCAGCCUCCGCAAAUCGGCAACCAGCAGUGACACCUUCAAGGCCCUCCUGCUAAAGAAAGGCAGUCGCUCUGAGAGCAGUUUCCGCAUGUCUGCAGCCGAGAUGCUGCGCAGCACCGACCCGCGCUUUCAACGCACCCGUUCCCUCGACUCCUCCUUCGAUCCGGCGUCUCCAACAUCCGAGAGCCCCUGCUCUUCUCCAGGCCGGAGCAAGAGGGCGGCAGAGGACUGGGCGCGCAAUGAGGGAAUGUUUUCAACUUCUCCAUCUUUGAUAGGCCCAAAAUAUGGACGAUCCCGAACGCCACCAUCUGCUGCCAGCAGCAAAUACAACGCCCGAUGCCGCAUCCUCAGCAGCCCCAUGACUGUCAUCUGCGAGAGGGAUGGAGAACUAACCGACUGUGAAGACCCUAUUUCUCCGUCAAACACACCCCUUCCCAUCUCUCAGGACUCAAACAGCACUUUAUGUGAGCAGAGCAGCAGUUAGGAUCCCCAAAAGUUCCUUGGCAAAGGAAGAAGGUCUUCUGGGCUCCAGAGAUGGACUGAGAAGACUAAAAGAGCGGUCUUGCCGCCUUCUAAUCCAGGCAUCCCUGUCUGAUGGAGUAGUGCAGGCAGAUCUGAGGCAGAUCCAGCGCUCGGCUCAAGCAGUAAAUGGUUUACUGCUCUUACUGUAGCUCUUCAGAGAAAGAAGUAACCAGUCUAAUCAAACAUGACCUUUUUUUCUUGAAGAGAAUUCUACAUUCAGUGGCAAUACUAGACUCGUCUUUCCAAAGCUUAGCAGAUACUUCUGUCAUCUUGUUCAUUUCCAUCCUUUACCAGUAACAGUCAGAUUUGUGUGGCUUUUUCUGUUUUGAUUAAGCAGAUAAUGAAAGUUGUAAUGAAGGAAUUACUAUGUGACUACUUUGUUUUUGGUUGGUGUCUGUUGGAAACAUCUCAAACUUCACUGAGUCCGCUUUAGCACUCCAGUCUUCAGAGACUAAGUUAUAGGAGCACAUGACCAAUUUCCAUAAGAGACUCUCUUUUCAUACCGUUCGGACUAUCAGAAGUGUCUGGAAGGGAAAAGGACUUGUGGGUCGAUGGAUUGGAGUAAUGAUGAGUUUGUUUGUGGAAACUUAAAAAAAAGGUUUGUUUUUGGUGUGUUGGUUUGCACUGUUCAUCGUCUUUUAUUUGUCAUUUAAAAAAGAAAAAACAUCUGUGUAUGUUGGUUAUUUUAAAGAGUUCAUUCUGCUAUCUUACUUGAAAUAAACGACCGGUGUACUUGUAAUUGUUUUGCUUACCAAAGAGCCGAACAGGACACUCUAAUACACUGAAAUGUGAGGGUGUUUGUUAGAGUGACUUUUGUUUUGCUAACGUCUAGCGAGCUAAUCACUAACCCUCCUGUUUACCUGUUCUCUUUUCUCGUGCAGUUUUAUAAUGUUUUUUAUGUACAUAGCUACAGAAAUGUUAAGUAACAACCACUUAUUUUCGAAGAGUUUGUACAUUUUAGAAACCUUUCCUAGGAGUGGCUUCCUUUUUGUAGAGUAUUUAUUUUAGCAUAGCCAGAAUGUGGUUUGAUACACCGUAGCUUUUCUGGGAUGGGUGGGAUUACACAUGUGUGUCUUCAAGAUCUGAUUGGUUCUGUCGCGUAUCUGUAUCCUGCUGUGAUGGAAAUACCGAUCAGAAAGUAGGAAAAGGAAGAAUGGGAAAGAGGAAGCGAGCUGCUAACCCUCUGGAGUAUGUCUCUGUAAUAAAACAUGGUGAUAUUUAAAAACGCUC